AAUCACUUCCUCUAGUGGAGAGGCUACAUUGUUGUCAAUAUGAAGUGUAAUCUGUAAACUAGUGCAGUACACGGAUAACUGCCUGGGCUGAGCAGUAAGAUAACGUUAUCUAGACACACGCUAACAGGGAAUUAAGCCAGUUUCUUAGGGACAGCGAAGCUAACGUUAAACGUUUAAAUGUUUUGGGCGACGGGUUACAAGCUAGCUAUAGUUAGUUAGCUCUUUGAGUACAGGGACGCUCGGUGGUAGGCUAGGCUAAUGCUAAACUUGAGCUAGAAACUUAUUUAGACUAGUUAAGCUAAUUAAACUGAUUUUUUUUACAUGUGUCACAAUAACUAACUAAUAACUAACAGUCAGUUUGUUUGUUGAAUAGUGUCAGCAUACGGUUAACUGUUGCGGUUUGUUAACAAAUAACUGGGCUGUUUAAGACAAUUUAACAGCAAGCUAAAAUAACUAGCUAGCUAACCUGGCUAGCACAGGUUUUCUUGCCUUGACAACAUUUUGUCAGAAGCUAGCUAAUAAGUGUAGUAGUGAAAUUGCCUAGUUAGCUAGCUAGGUAACCUGGCUAGCACAAGUUUUACCUUGACAGCAGUUAGUCAGUAGUUAGCUAGCUAAUCUAAGUUUUGUGGUGACAUUACCUAGUUAGUUAGCUAAGCUGGCUAGCACAAGUUUUGCCUUGACAACAUUUGUCAGUAGCUAGCUAAUAAUUGUUGUAGUGACAUUACCUACUUAGAUAGCUAGCUAGCUAACGUGGCUAGCACAGGUUUUGCCUUGACAGCAGUUGGUCAGCCAGCUUUAGCUAACUAAUUGUUGUAGUGACUACCUAGUAGUAGUUAGUUAGCUAGCUACGCUGGCUAGCACAGUUUUUUUUGCCUUGACCACAAACUUAGCUAACAAGCUAAAUGCUGUAGUGACAUUACCAAUUAAGCCAGCUAGUCUGGCUAGCACAAGUUUUGCCAUGACUGCAUUUUAUUUGUAGACUUAGGUGUUGUAGUGGCAUUACCUAGUUAGCUAGCACAAGUUUUGUUUUGACAACAGUUCAGGUCAGUGCUGUAGUGACAUUACCUAGUAAUUAGCUAACUAGCUGACUAAGGUGGUUAGCACAAGUUUUUGCCUUGACAGCAGUUGGUCUGUAGCUAGCUAAUAAGUAUUUUAGUGACUUAAAUUAGUUAUCCUAGCUAGCUAACUAAGUGCUCCCACAGUAUGCUGUCAUUUAUGUAUGACUUUAAUAUGACUAAAUGGGUAGAUAGGAAAUAAGUUAGUUAAGUUAACUAAGUAGUUAGCUAACCUAGAUGUCAGUAGCUAACCUAGAUGCCCUCAAAGUUUCAGUCUAUUCAAGCAUAUUUUCUGUCUGCCUUAGUUCUGUAGUUAACUAUGUUAGCUAGCCUAAGGUUAAGUACAGUUAAGUGUUGACUUUUCAGGUCAGCUAACUAGCUAGCCAAAGCACCAGGACAAACACACGCGUUACUGUCAUGCUUUUCUGUUGCUAAUUCUAAUUAAAUACACUCCAGUUUUAUGAAGUUACGAAGGAAAGUAGGCAAUGGCUGUGACAAGCGAUUUGAUGACACUGGUAGCCCUGUAUUUGUGUGGCGGUGGAAGAGGAAGAUGACAGUGUGAGGGGGAGGAAUGAGCUGAUUUAGAGUCGACCAGAGGAAGCUGUAUUUCGGAGACUGCUAGAAAAUGCCCAGAAGAAAACAGUCAAACCCACAGCCGGUGAAAUUGGGAUCUGAAGAUGGGGCUGGUGGUGGUAAUGCAGAGAGCCUGGUCCUGGAGAGUGAUUUCCUCCUUGGGCAAGACUUGGCAUUCGGAGAGAAUGACUUAAAGAUCAUAGGAUUUGAAAGAGACUCUGUGACUGCUGACAUGGGAAUUCCAGCGUAUUCCUUCAGUGAUGAAGACUGCUCGAGUUACAACCGCCUCAACAUGGAGAGUGACUUCGAAGACCCACGAGACACUGAGAGUGAAAGAGAGGAGAUGAGUGGGGAGACUGUCUUCACAACCUACCUCUCCUGCAGGCGAUGUGGUCAGCUUCUCGGCGACCCUCUCAGUGGAACCCUGGACAUAGGGCUGUACUGUCUCCGAUGUGGGGCUGAAGAGAAAGGCGAGGAACAGGAAGUUAGACGAAUAGAAGAGAUUGUUUCUGCAGAGGACUCCAAAGAGAAAGGGCACAGUGGGAGAUGUAAUGAAAAUGGCACCUACAAAACCUACUCCUGUAAACUGUGCAGCUUUACCUCACGUUACUCCAAUCACCUAAAGCGGCAUAUGAAAACGCACAAUGGUGAGAAGCCUUAUCAGUGCCAACACUGUGCAUAUGCCUCAGCUCAACUAGUUAACCUACAGAGACAUGUGCGUACACAUACUGGAGAGAAGCCUUAUAAGUGUGACUGUUGUACUUUUGCCUGCAACUCCCUUGGCAACCUUAAGAGGCACCAGCGCAUGCAUACUCAGGAGAAGCCCAACAAAUGUAGCCAGUGUGAUUUCCGUGCAAGCAGCAGCCAGACCCUAAAGAGGCACAUGAUGAACCACAAGACCGAAGAGUCAACGCCCAUGGUAGAAGAGGCUGUGGUGUCUGAUCUGACUCUGCAUAUUAGUGGUGAUCCAGAAUUCCUGCACAGCUAUAGUACCCUGCGUGCUAAUCGUCAUGCCCCCAAUCUACUGGACACAGAAAAUCUGGGCCAGGAGCCAGAUCCCGGACUGCCCGAGCUGCUUUUCCCCUUCACCUGCCGUGUAUGUGGCUCGGUACUGGAGGAUGAAGAGGGCGCGGCCACACAGAUCUGCAGCAAGUGCACUCUAGACAUGGACAUGCUGGCUAAAUGCUCCCCUACCAGCCCAGAAAAAGGAGACAAGCUGUACUCCUGCACUGACUGCAACUUUAUCACUCAGUACCCGAACCAUCUGGCCCGUCACAUGAAGACUCACAGCGGGGAAAAGCCCUUCAAGUGCCCACAGUGCAACUACGCCUCUGCCCAUUUCGACAACCUAAAGCGGCACCAUCGCGUGCACACUGGCGAAAAGCCCUACAAGUGCCACCUAUGUGACUAUGCCUGUGGAAACCUGGCCAACCUUAAACGGCACGAGCGCAUCCACUCAGGUGCCAAGCCUUUCCAGUGUGCCGUGUGCAACUACAGCUGCAACCAGAGCAUGAACCUAAAGCGGCACAUGCUGCGUCACACUGGUGAAAAGCCUUUUAAGUGCCAGGAGUGUGAAUACACCACAGGACACUGGGACAAUUACAAGCGCCACCAAAAAAAGCACGGCCACUCUACCGAUGGGUGGAUCAAAAUGCCAUUACCAGAGAAGGAGGAGGAGGAAGAGGAGGAGGGUGAGAUGUAGCAGAAUGAGGAUGUGGAUUUAGACAGUUCCUUUUUUGAACAGCUCUUAUCUUCUUCUCUUAAUGUCUAAAUGGUGUUGCCUUACUGUUUUCACUUUGCAAAGGUGCAAACGACACACAAGUUCACAUGAGUGCAGUUUUACAUUUGUGCCUUGUACGAGGUUCUGGAAAAUGCUCCUGUCAGAUAAUUGUCAUAUUUAAUUCUCCUCUGUUAGCAAUGUACAAUUAAGAGUACAGCCAAUAACAACAGCAGCUGUAAAUGAAGACUAAUUGGACAGUUGUGGAACAGUAGUAAGGGGUCUGGAGUUUGUGUGAUUCUUAAAGGCAUUAAAAAGGAUUAAAAAAUUUGUUACGAAUUUUAGGCCACGUCCACACGUGUCUGUGUUUUUUAAAAAAAAAAAGGAGAUUUCCCUCCCUAAAUUUUGUAAAAUAUUUCUGUCUACAGAGAGCAGAAAGCACUUGAAUUAGUGUGCCAGCUCUCUAUGAUGCUGUAGUGCCUUAUAAAUAGAAGCAUCAACACACCAAAAAGAGCUAAGAAGACACUAUGUAGUGAACUAGUGUACAAUGCAUGUCAUGAAAUUAUCGAUUUAAAACAGCAUUAAAUGUUUGGAAUUGAAGUGUAUUAUUUAUCUCACUAUAUAGGAAGUGAAGGGGUAUUUGAGACUGAGCCACAAACAUGCAUGUGUUUCUGAUCCACACAAUAACACUGAACCUUUGAGACAGACAUUAUUAUUAUUUUUUUUUAUUAUUAUUAUUAUUUUUUUUUUUUUAAAGCUUAGUUUUCAGUGACCAAAAACAGUGUUUUCAUGUGGAUGGCAGCCAAAACACAGGCAAAAACCUUUAGUUUUUAGAAAUGUCUGGGUACGUGUGGACGAGGUCUUGUUGUUCCCUAUAGAAUUUGAGCUAGAUUACAUAAUCUGGCACAGAGAUAAUUCACGUUUACAUUAUCAGUUUUAAUGAAAUUAUGGAACUAUUGAACUACAGGGCAGUUUCCCAGACAGGAAUUAUGUGUAGUAUAGGACUACACAGCAUUUAGAAUUCCAUCAAAAGAAAAAUACUAGGAGUGAUUAAUCUCUGUCCAGGAAACCACCACUAUAUGCAAUUGUAUCAAAUACUUAAUUUAUACUUUUUGUCCUUUUGACUUACUGAAUGAACAAGUAUUGCAAAAAAGCCACUCUUCUCAGCUCUAUUUCCAGUUUCACACCACAAUUAUCUAGUUUUGUUUUUGUUAUUAUUUCUUUAAAUUUCACUGUUGUGGAUUUUAUUACACUGAAAACCUCUGGUGGCUGCUAGAAUGUGUAAGAUGCACAAUGACUGUAAUUAGUCUAGGUGCCUUUUUUGGGAGGUGAUGUUCACCGUUCCCUGGUUUUACUGUAUCGGGUGCCACUGCAACCAUGCUGCACUGAUGUGGGUGAGAGGGAGUUUCCUUAAACCCAAAAGCACACGCCUUGUAUUUUUUUCCUCCGCAGGGCAUUAAAAGGGACACAGAUUUGUCUGUAUGUAUGUGUGGGUGGGUGUUUCUUUGAGUUCAUUAAAGUUUGCUUGAAACCUAC